AUGACCAUCCUAUGCGAAAGCUGCAGCAAGCCGGUCAGGACCGAGAGCUGCAUCUCUAGAUGCCCUACUGCUUCCUCUGUCUCCAGGCGGAUGCUCAGGACCCCAAAGCCCUUCAGGUCAACGAAAGGCGCUUCAAAGGCUCGACGGGAUCAGAUCAAUGCUGAGCUGCAGACGCUGCGCUCCCUCCUGCCCAUCUCCCAGCAAGAGAAGGAGCGCCUCUCGUAUCUUCACACCAUGGCUCUGGUCUGCUUCCACAUACGAGAGACUCAGCUGUUUCGUCCAGGCUCACGCGCUAAGAUGGAACCUGCCCCUCUUCUUGCUGCUGCGCUGUUGGAUCCGGAACUGCUGCUUUCCCUCCCAGGAUUCAUCCUGGCUCUCACUACGAAUGGCAAACUGGCCUACGUCUCCGAGAACGUGUCCCACUUUCUUGGCUUUUCUGUGGUAGAACUCCUAGCUCACGGCGAUUCCAUCUUUGACCUUUUGAACAGCUCAGCAAGCAGGAUCAUGCAGGAGAAACUCUGUUUUGCCCAGCAGCAUCCAGGCACUGAAAUUGAGUUCACCACUGAAAUGCGCACCUCAAGAGUCUUUCGGGUACGGUAUGGAAGGAACCGUUCCAUGUCCCUGCGAGGCAGAUGUCUCACGCUUGACACACAGUCGACUUCCUCGUCUUCUGCUUUGGCUUUUGUGGCCUUCUGCACUCCUGUUGCAAGGGUCUUGGAAGACGGGGGUGGUAUUUCCCAGAGCUCCUCAUUCCAGAGUUGGCACACACUGGAUAUGAAAGUUGCAGAGGUUGCAGAAAGUGUUAUUUACCAUCUCGGUUAUCAGAAAGAAGAGCUGAUUGGACAGUCUUGGUACAGCCUCCUACAUCCUGGAGAUACUAGAAGAGCUGCAGAGAUGCACAGGACCCUGAUGCACAAUAUUGGGAGACAUGAUUGUCAUGUCAUAGUCCGUCUACUCUGCAAGGACCUGAGCUGGGCCUGGGUGCAAGUCUUUGCAUUAUGGGACAACGGAAAGGGACAAGAGCUGAUCACUUGCAGCAACUACAUCCUCAGGGAGGAAGAAGCUCUCUAUAUCCAGAGUCAAGACCCUCAGCAUGGACCUGUUUCUCCUGCCACCCCAGAUCUAAGAUACCACUCCGGAGAAAUACAGCAGCAGACAAAGCUGAACGAAGUCCCCCUUUUCUGUCAAGAACCAGCCUCGGCCAAAGAUGGGGCACUCAAAUACAACCCCUCCCAGCUUCUUGAUACUUCUGAAGAGAAGAUGCUCCCUGCUGCCCUCCAGCCUCCAUUUCCAAAUAGCUUGCCUGUCCCUAGCAUGAGGGCCGGUGCAGCCACCCUGCAGUCCUCUCAAGAAACCGGAUUUCCCUUUUUCCCUGCUGACUGGCCCAAGAGUCCCUGCCCAGACAGAGCAGACAGGCUGUCCCCCUUGAGUCCUUGUGCUCUCUGCUCCCCAGAAAAUGCAUUUUCCCCUGAUAGCAGCCCUUCUGUAGACUUUUCUCCAUUACGUGAAGAAAGCCCACCCACAGGAAUGUUCCCAACAAUGGAUUCUGAUCCAGACAGAUGGGCCAUCAGUUUGCUGGCUGACCAAAUCCAUUCCUUGGCUGAAAUCUUCUCUCAGUAUGCAAAGGAAAUGCCUCAGGAGCCUCCCAGCAUCCCUCUGUGGCCUGGAGGGCAGGCUGAGGGUAUAAACACGGUACCUAGACAGGGCUGGGGGACUGAUAGAGCUCCAGAUUUCCCCGAGGAACUCUCUGUGGAUGAAGAAAUCAUCACCAACAUCUUAAACAACCUGCUAGACCAUGAUAGCCUGAAUCAAUCUACUCCUGAGCUGGGACCAGCAGGCAAUUUCCACGUGUCAAACACAGAGCCACCGCUUUCUCUACUCCAGGCACCCCUAUCAGAAGCAACACCUUGCCUCGAGCAGUGCUUCUUCCAGCAGCCUUUGUUUCCCCCCGCAGCAACAUCUGAUUCCCACGUACCCAAUUCCCAGUGGGAUGGGUGUUUCCACACUACACUUCAGCCAGGUACUGCUCUUCCUUCAUCACAAUGCUACAAUUUGUAAUCAAUAAAGCCAGAGGCCAGCACGAUCCCACAUUGGCUUCAACUCAGCUUUGAUUCAUAUGUCCAUAAACCAUAUCGAUUUUCAGCAUGUGAAAAAAAGAUAAUUUCCUAAUGUCCACUUGUAUGAUAAGCCCAGAGCUACAAUGACCCAAACUGCUCAGAAGCAGCAUAUAUUUGGAGUUUAUAACCAGCUCUCCAUGUGCUUAGCAAUACCAAUGAUACGUUUUA